GCGCAGUUAACUCCACCACAGCACGCCAUGUAAACACACCCUUGCAGAUGAUUGGCUGAGGUUUUUUAGCGCGGCGUGGCGCAGCCAAUCAGCGGAUUGUUUUUCUUUGGCGUCGCUUCACGGAUAGCAAGCUAACGGAUAACCCGAUAUACAAAUUUACCCAGAGAUCGCGCUUAUUGUUUGAAGGCUGCUUUACGUUUGUGGGUUUGAAUGAUUAGAUCAAGUAUUUGUUCCGGGUAAUUUAGUAGUGGAAAUGCAGUGUUGUCGUUCGGUAAGGAAGCAUAACUGGCUAACAUAAGCUAACUAAGUUAGCUUUAGCUUUGCAUAUUAACGUUCCGCGCGAGGCCGCGGAGAGUUACGAGAGUUGUUCCUGAUCUGUUGUUGCCUAGAAUGUAGUUUAAACGCUCCCGCAUACCCUCUAACGUUGCGCUUAUUGCAGAAGCUGCGGCAUAAAUUGUGCAAACAACUGCAGUCAGUUUGAAGAGCCCGUGGGCCUCUUAGCCACUUAGCUCUUUCGCUAUCUUGCUAACAUGAGUGAAGUGACGGACUGCAAACAGCCCGAGGAUCGGAGACCGAGGAAGCGGACCUCAUCAACAGGCAAGGAUGAAGAUAGUGCGAUUCCUCAAAAGUCUGUUAAAGUAAGUGAUGACAUAAAUGAAACUGGACAAACAUUAAAAAGUUGCAAAAACAGUGAAGUUGAAAGUCUAGAAGAGGCCCAGAGAGAGUCAACAGACAGUACUUCUGAAGGAACUGCUUUGCAGCCCGAUCCAGCUCCAGACCGUAAAGAUGUCAACAGCUCCAGCCCUGAAAAACCACAGUCCUCAGAGCCCUCUGCAGCCACUGAUCCUAAGGGAGAACCACAGAAAGCGACUGAAGCACAGAAGCAUCCCUCAACUCCUGUAGAGCAGUCUGACUCUGCAGCCAUAGCAGCAGCUGAAGCACUGGCCAGCCUCACUGGAGGAGAUGGAGAAGAGAGUCAAGACGCUCCGUGUUCAUCUGCUAAAAUCAAACAAGUGAAGCAUGGUAGUAAAAACAAACAGCGAACAGGUCAGCAGCCUUCAAAGGUGGCCUCAAAAACACAGGCAGCAGCAGACAGCUCCACAUCAGCACGCAGUACCGAGAAAAACGAUGCUCCUGAAGGGGAUGAGUCCAUAUCAGGAUCAUCUUCCACACCAAGCUCCUCUUUCCCAUCCGACAACGAUGACAAUGAUGAUGGGGAGUGUGCAAUUGUGUCGGUCAAAAUGGCCCCUGAGAUGAGACAGUCUGUUGCUCUGCUGGCACAAGUGCAGAUGAGACUUGAAGCCCUAGAAAAGAAAAGCGCCAGGCUCCAUCAACGGUUGGAGCUGAAGAUUAAUCGCCAGAGACGCCCGCAUCUUGAUCAGAGAAGUUCCAUCACAAAAGCCAUCCCCGGGUUUUGGGUGACAGCUCUUUUGAACCAUCCCCAUCUCUCAGCUCAUAUAGAUGAGACUGAUGAAGAUGCUCUUAGCUACAUGACCGAUCUUGAGGUUGAAUCUUUCAAAAAUACCAAACUUGGCUACAGGAUUCGCUUCCACUUUCGAAGGAACCCAUAUUUCCAGAAUAACAUCAUUAUGAAGGAAUUGCACCUUGGCAUGGGAGGAUCGCCCAUGUCAUUCUCCAACCCCAUUCUUUGGCAUCGUGGACACAACCUGACUGCCAACAGCGAGCCCAGGAAGUCGUGUCGUGGUGUUUAUGAGACGUUUUUCAGCUGGUUCAGUGACCACAGCAACCCAGCACAGGAUGAUGUAGCACAGAUACUUAAGGACGACCUCUACAGAGAUCCACUGAGAUACUACCUCACUCCUCUCUGGGAACCGAGGGAGAACGGCAGUAAUGCGAAUGAGGCCAGAGCAGCUGGAAACGGGAAUGGAGAUGAUUGUGUUGUUAUUUCUGACUCUGAUGAUGAGCCGGGUGAAGAUGGUGGUGACACUGAACAAGGCCACAGCAGGGAGGAGGAGGAAGAUGAAGAAGAAGGUGCAGGAGAAGAAGAAGAGGAGGAGGAGGAGGAGGAAGAAGACGAUGAUGGCGGCAGGCAAAGGAGUCCAGAUGAGAGCCAGGAGGACGAAGAAGCGGAGGGUAGUGGUGAAAUAGUGAUUGAUGGCUCUGAUGACAGUGAUCAGGAGGAAGAGGAGGAGGCCUAAGAAAGUGAAGAUAAAUAGAUGCACAUCAAAAAAUGAAUUCAGACCAAUUGCUGGUGUCGUUUAGGUCGUCUUUGUGCCUCCAAAAUAGCUCUGGGUCAUCAGGAAGUGGCCACAGGAUCUCUGGAAAGGUCCUGUUGACCAUGAUUUAAAAAUCCAUCGAACCGACUUCGGCUCUCACUGGUUUUAUUUCAAGCCGGAAUGGGGACCAGAGACUGGGAAUCUAAAGAGUAGACGCAGUACGAGCAUUGAAUCGUUCUUCCUGGUGUCAGUUUUUUUGUGCACAAAAAUAUCAGUCUUUGCUUUUGUUUACCUAAACUAAACGGAAGCUUUUAAAUCAGGGUAAACUGUAACUGUAAAGCCAAGGCGACAUGUCCCCCCCCCCCCUCCUUUUUUUAGCCAAUCAUGUACCGAACAACAUGCUCACUCUUUUUACCUGAAUAUAUUUUUGGGUUUAAUAUUUCCCAAAGGUUCAUAAAGAGUCUCUUUGUGUUUGGUGAAAACCUGUUUAUACAAUAUAAUCUAACAUGAAGUUAGAUUAAACAGCUUCUUUAUGUAAUCCCGAAAUCCUCAGAGGCAUUAAUUAAUCUUGCAAAAGCUGUUUGUUUUUCUUAACUGACGCGUGACAAAGUGGAAAAAAUGUCAUGAGUUCAAUUUCAUAUCAUGAUCGUACAUUUCAGAUGCACUGAGUAUGGAACCAAAAUGUCUUCUCAGGGAUGAUCACGGUGGUUGAUUUGUUGAAAUAACUUGGCUAAUUUUAAAACAUUUACUCUCAGUUUUGGUUGCAUAUGAAGAAAUGUGGACUCUACUGUAGUGUGUAUACAUAGGGUCUAUAAAUAUUUUAAUAGACUGCCUUUGUGUUUUUCUUUUCUGUUGCACCUGUCCUGUUAUGUUACAUCCAAACCUCCAAGUUGCAUUAAGUAUAUAAUGUUCGAUAAUCCCGACCUAAUCCAAGCUACCUUUUUGUGGAUUCCCAGAUUUCUGUAACAAUACAUAGGAUUUUUUGAGUUUUCUUUAGAUUGAUUCAAUUUGAAUUAUCUGACGUAAACAUCCCAAGUUUGUGUCUUUGAAAAUUACAUUUUUCUAAAAGGAGAAAAAAAAAAUGGUGUUUAUGUUUUUUUGUUUUUUGUUUUUUUACAUAUUGGCGUUAUGGCAUGCCUGUUAGCACAAAUUGUAAAAAAACAAACAAAAAAAAAAAGGAUAUUGAUAGCACUUAAACUGCUGUGUAGAGGAUUAUUGCUGUGUAUUUGUUGCAUAAACUGCAUAUUCACAGCAAUUUGUAAUCGGGUGCACUGUAAAGGAAAAAAAAAAUAGCAUUUGUAUUCGCUUUUCUUAGCAAUGAACUUGUAAAUAAUACUUCAUCCAUAUUUUUUUUUUGUUUUAAUAAGAUGUUAUGAUUUACUUCGUGAAUAGAUUUUCUUAAGCAAUCUGGAUUUUUGUUUUUGGUUGUUUUCUCAGAGAUGUAACGACAAAUUUAUAGGUGUUGCUGUGAUUUUAUUUUAUAUUUUAAGAAAUGUUUAGUUUAUGAUUUGUACUUGUUUUUCUUUGGUCACCUUGUUUGCUUUAUUGAUAAAUGUCUACCUUUUGACUAAGACCUAAUAAAUAGAAAGUUGUUUGACUU